AUGCAAUGUUUGCAUGAAGAAUGUGGCUUUUGUGCCAAUAGCAAGAGUGAGUUUCUUCCGGGAGCAUGUUUGGCAGGAGAAAAGAUUGUCAAAGGAAUGUGUCGGGAACAAAAGCGAGUAUGGUUUUCACAGGGCUGUCCAAGCAAAAUCGGAUUGCUUGCCGUUGUAAUCCUUGGAGUCUACAUCAUAGCAUAUGCUCCUGGAAUCGGAACAGUGCCUUGGGUUCUAAACUCCGAGAUUUAUCCGUUGAGGUUUCGAGGACUAGGAGGAGGCAUAGCAGCAGUUUUCAACUGGUGUGCUAAUCUGAUUGUGAGUCAAUCCUUCUUAAGCAUGAUAAAGUCUCUAGGAACUUCUGGAACAUUCCUCCUCUUUGCAGGGUUCUCCUUGAUUGGCUUUGUCGCGAUUUAUUUGUUAGUGCCGGAAACAAAAGGACUUCAGUUUGAGGAGGUUGAGAAACUGCUGCAGAAAGGGUUUAGACCUUUCCCAUUUAACAGGAAAAAAGAUGAAGAUGUGAAAGGGAAAGGGAAGGAAGAAAUGCAUGACUUACCUUAA